ACAGCCGUGUACUGACCGAGGAGCGCAGAGAGGGAAUUACGUGCUACGUGGAUCCAAACUCGCAACCGUGAGUCCUGCGGACGUUUCUACUCCAGAUGUGCGUUAUUACCACGUCGUAAGAAGGAGGUCUCUCCUCCUCCUCCUCCCCCUCCUCUCUCCCACCUGGGCCUUCUCGGAGAGAAGGAGGUGAAUCUCCUCCCACAAGAUGGACGGUUUCUACGACCAGCAGGUUCCGUUCCUGGACCCCCGGAGCAAGUGCCCCUCGGAGCCCCCUAGCGGCCGCUCGGCGACCGACAGGAAGCGACGCUUCGUGGACACGGAGCUGGCUCAGGAAACGGAAGAUCUCUUCCAAGACCUCAGCCAGCUGCAGGAAAUGUGGAUCGCAGAAGCCCAGGUCCCAGAUGAGCAGUAUGUUCCAGACUUCCAGUCAGAUAACCUGAUGUUCCACGGUCCACCGCUGAGCAAGGUGAAGAGAGAGGCGGAGUCCGGUGAGGAGCCGCCCCCCUGUGGCCACGCCCCCCCGGGCAGGGGCCCCACCUACAGUCACAGUGCCUACGAAAGCAAACCAGCGGGACUCGAACCCGCACAUCCUCCGGACUCUCCCUUGCCAUGUGGCUCCACCCACUCCACUGCCUCGCCACGCCCCUUACAGCGGCAGGGCCCGCCGUUUAAUCGGGGCUGUGCCCCGGGCCACGCCCCUUCCCCUGGCCCCUCCCACCAGCACCUCCACCCGCCUCACCAGCACCACCAGCAGCAACACCACCACGCGCUCCAGACGGCCAAUCAGAGCCAGCGCUUUGCCAUGCCCCGCCCACUUCUCUGCGGCCCUGAGGACGGCUUCCAGUCAGACCAGAGGUUCCAGCGGCAGCACUCGGAGCCCCUCCCCUACGCCCCCCCCCGGGACGGCCGCGCUCCCCGGGCGCCGUACCCCCCCGCCCCCGGGCAGCAGCGGGGCCCGCCACCCUGUGACGGACGGCCCCUCUACCAGCGCCACCUCUCCGAGCCGGUGGCCCCGCCCCCCCAGCGGGGGUUCAAGCAGGAGAGGGUGGACCCCCAUUACCCCGGCAACGAGCAGCAGCAGGGGCCGGGGGCCUUUCACCCCCGCUCCAUCAAGCAGGAGCCGCGCGACUUUGGGUUCGACUCGGACGCCCAGAACUGCCACUCGUCCUUCGGAAAGUCGCGGGCGUCGUUCUACCAAAGUAAAAGCGCCUCUUCCCGCUUUGCCUACGACGGAGAGGCCAACCUGUACGGCUACGACGACGCCUGUGUGGUCCCCGACCGACUGGAAGGCAAGGUGAAACAGGAAGUGAUGGCCUUCGGCGAGGGCCCGCCCUUCCAGAGGCGGGGCUCCCUGCAGCUCUGGCAGUUCCUGGUCACCCUAUUGGACAACCCGGGAAACGCCCACUUCAUCGCUUGGACCGGAAGGAACAUGGAGUUCAAGCUCAUCGAGCCCGAGGAGGUGGCGCGGCGCUGGGGCAUGCAGAAGAACCGCCCCGCCAUGAACUACGACAAGCUCAGCCGCUCGCUGCGCUACUACUACGAGAAGGGCAUCAUGCAGAAGGUGGCGGGCGAGAGGUACGUCUACAAGUUUGUGUGUAACCCCGAGGCCCUCUUCUCCAUGGCCUUCCCCGACAACCAGCGGCCCAGCCUCAAGGGGGAGGCCGACGCCCCCCUGCACCCCCCCCCGGCCCCCGCCGGGGACGAGGACCCCUGCCUCGCAGCGGGGGGCCGCUACGAGGAGGCCACGCCCUACCCAGAUGGGGGGGCGCAGGGGGGGCUGGCGUUCCCCGACAGCUACCCCUAUUAGCCCCUCCUUCUCUCCCCCUCGCGCCCAGCACUGAGGGGGAGAUGGAGGGGGGGGGCUGUAUAGAAACUGUACCCCAGUGUCCUCGGACCCCCCCCCCCUCCCCCGACACUGGGACCCCUGGGAGCAGCCUAAGCAGUGUAGCCGGCCUCGCUACUUAGGGUCAGCCCACGAUGUCGGAGUCCACUUCUAUCGGAAAAAGCGGAGAUGGGAAUACCGUGAUGUCAGUGGGCGGGGCCUCAGCCCCGGGGGGGGGGGGGGGUUGUAAUGUAAACUCAGGACUAUGGGUCGCUAUGGAGACGGGACGCGCUCACACAGGGCUUGGACUCCGCCUCCCUCGCUUACGUCCCUCCAAUCACGCUCUCCAGGUGGUCAUCCACAGGCCCCUCCCACACGCUCCCACAGGCCCCUCCCACACGGUUCACACACACGUUCACCCAUUCAUACACCAGUCACUCAUUCAUACACAUGUUCACCCAUUCACACGCACGUUCACCCAUCAUACACACGUUCACCCAUUCAUACAUACGUUCACCCAUUCAUACACAUAUUCAGGCAUUCACCCGCCGAUUAACCCACGUGGUAAUCGUUGGAUAGCAGGUUGAAUACACAUGCUUUGGGCAGUGGUCGUAUUAUUAACCCAUGAUAUUAGUAGACUUCCACCUCCCACAUCCACAUGCUCUGGGAUCUGAACCCUGAGAUAUAUCGUCUCCCCCCCC